ACGGCGGCUGCGCUUGCACCCGGAAGCCGGGCGUGUGAGUGGGGCGGCCCUCUGGGCAGGCGCCAGGGAGAGGCCGAGGGUCCGAGCCGCCGGCGGCUGGACAGACGCUGGGGUGGCUGCUGACGCCGGGCCAGGGGCAGUGAGGAGCCCUCGGGGCACAGCUCUGCCUGCUACUCCCAUACCCACGUGGCGCGCGCCUCAAGGGGAACGACCCUCAACUAGGUCCAGACGCCUACCUUCCGGGGUGGACCAGGCAGCUUUACUAUCAGAUGUUCCACAUAAUAAUGCUGGAGUUAAGAAGUUUCCAGUCUUUUGCUCCAAACCAGAAGACUUUGUUCCAUGUAUGUAGAAUAGGAAUAAUGUUUAAAAACAACUGGCUGGCAUUUAAAACUGAAGAUUAUCAUGACCUAAGUCCUAUGCUGAAGUGAGAUUAAUUGUCUUGGAAGUACUAAGUUGGGGUAACCCAGAUCUACUUCUGGAACCAUGAAAAUUUUGCUGGUUUUUGACUUUGACAAUACAAUCAUAGAUGACAAUAGUGACACUUGGAUUGUACAAUGUGCUCCAGGCAGAAAGCUUCCUAUUGAACUCAAAGCUUCUUAUCAAAAAGGAUUUUGGACAGAAUUUAUGGGCAGAGUCUUUAAGUAUUUGGGAGAUAAAGGUGUAAGAGAAGAUGAAAUGAAAAGAGCAGUGACAUCAAUGCCUUUCACUCCAGGGAUGGUGGAACUUUUCAACUUUAUAAGAAAGACUAAGGAUAAAUUUGACUGUAUCAUUAUUUCAGAUUCAAAUUCAGUCUUCAUAGAUUGGGUUUUAGAAGCUGCCAAUUUUCAUGAUGUGUUUGAUAAAGUGUUUACAAACCCAGCAGCUUUUGACAGCAGUGGUCAUCUCACUGUGGAAAAUUAUCAUGCUCAUUCUUGCAACAGAUGCCCAAAGAAUCUUUGCAAAAAUGUAGUCUUGGUAGAAUUUGUAGAUAAACAGUUACAACAAGGAGUGAAUUAUACACAAAUCGUUUAUAUAGGUGAUGGUGGAAAUGAUGUCUGUCCAGUGACCUUUUUAAAGAAGAAUGAUAUUGCCAUGCCACGGGAAGGAUAUACCUUACAGAAAACUCUUUCCAAAAUGUCUCAAAAUCUUGAGCCUAUGGAAUCUUCUAUUGUAGUGUGGUCCUCAGGUGUUGAAAUAAUUUCUCAUUUACAAUUUCUAAUAAAGGAGUGAUAUG